CCCUCGACGGCUGCGCUCUGCGAUGGACCCAAAGGGCCGGCGCCCAGGGGAUGCAGCGCGCCCGGGAGCGCGGAGCCGGGAGGGCGGCCUUGGCCACGGUUGCCCCCGGAGCAGCCGCAGCCUGGACAGGUUCCGACGGGGGACGAGGAGGGAGAAGGCGACCCCGCCCAGGGCGCGGCGGAGGAUCCGGUGCCAAGCGCGGCGGCCCUUCACCACCAGCGCAUCCUCAUCAACAUCUCGGGGCUGCGCUUUGAGACGCAGCUGGGCACCCUGGCGCAGUUCCCCAACACCCUCCUGGGGGACCCCGCCAGGCGCCUGCGCUACUUCGACCCCCUGCGCAACGAGUACUUCUUCGACCGCAACCGGCCCAGCUUCGACGGCAUCCUUUACUACUACCAGUCGGGGGGCCGGCUGCGCAGGCCCGUCAACGUCUCCUUGGACGUGUUCGCCGACGAAAUUCGCUUCUACCAGCUGGGGGACGAGGCCAUGGAGCGCUUCCGGGAGGACGAGGGCUUCAUUAAAGAAGAGGAGAAACCCCUGCCCCGCAACCAGUUCCAGCGCCAGGUGUGGCUUAUCUUUGAAUAUCCAGAGAGCUCGGGGUCCGCGCGGGCCGUCGCCAUUGUCUCGGUCUUGGUCAUCCUCAUCUCUAUCAUCACCUUCUGCCUGGAGACCUUGCCCGAGUUCAGGGAUGAGCGGGAGCUGCUCCGACACCCCCUGGCGCCCCACCCGCCUUCGGGGCCGGCGCGGGGGGCCAAUGGCAGCGGGGCCGGGGCGCCCUCCUCUGGCCCCACGGGGGCGCCUCUCCUGCCCAGGACCCUGGCCGACCCCUUCUUCAUCGUCGAGACCACGUGCGUCAUCUGGUUCACCUUCGAGCUGCUGGUGCGCUUCCUGGCCUGCCCCAGCAAGGCCGACUUCUGUCGGAACAUCAUGAAUGUCAUCGACGUGGUGGCCAUCUUCCCCUACUUCAUCACCUUGGGCACCGAGCUGGCGGAGCCACAGCCGGGGGGCGGCCAGAACGGGCAGCAGGCCAUGUCCCUGGCCAUCCUCAGAGUGAUCCGCCUGGUCCGCGUGUUCCGCAUCUUCAAGCUGUCCCGCCACUCCAAGGGGCUGCAGAUCCUGGGCAAGACCCUGCAGGCCUCCAUGCGGGAGCUAGGACUGCUCAUCUUCUUCCUCUUCAUCGGAGUCAUCCUCUUCUCCAGCGCCGUCUACUUCGCAGAGGCGGACAACCAGCACACCCACUUCUCCAGCAUCCCAGAUGCCUUCUGGUGGGCGGUCGUCACCAUGACCACGGUGGGCUACGGGGACAUGCGGCCAGUCACCGUGGGGGGCAAGAUCGUGGGCUCACUGUGCGCCAUCGCCGGGGUCCUCACCAUCGCCCUGCCGGUGCCCGUCAUUGUCUCCAACUUCAACUACUUCUACCACCGGGAGACAGACCACCGGGAGUCGGACCGCCACGAGGAGCUGACCGCCCUGAAGGAGGAGCAGGGCAGCCAGAGCCAGGGGACAGGGCUGGACGGCAGAGGCCAGCGGAAGGCCAGCUGGAACAAGGGGUCCUUCUGCAAGGGGUCCCUGGAGAAUGCGGAGGGGGCCCGAGGGGGCAGCUGCCCUCUAGAGAAGUGUAACCUCAAGGCCAAGAGCAAUGUGGACUUGCGGAGGUCCCUGUAUGCCCUCUGCCUGGACACCAGCCGGGAGACAGAUUUAUAAGGGGGAUCUGGUGGGACGGCUGAAGCCUCCCGAGCCUGGGCAUCUACAUUAUACCACAGAGUAUUUCAAACCCACCCCAUUACCCACGUCUGCCCCUCUUCCUUUCGCUCCUGCCCUCCCUCCCUCCCUCGUUCCCUGGAUCCCCCCACUUUCCCUCUUCUUUCCAUGACACCAAGGGUCGCCUAUUUUUAAAAAGUACCACAUUCCAUGACGCAAGAGCUGUUAAAAUGGUGAGCACCAUGAGAUGGAUGUAUUUGUAGCCAGUUUCCUAUACCCAGCAGAGGAAUAACCCAAACAAAAAUGACUUUAAAUAGCCCAGAUCCCAAGGGAUUUUAUAACCUCCCCCCCCAUUCAUGUGUUCCACAUUUGCUUUACAUAUGAUUGUAUUUGUGUAUAGGGGGAAAUAUUUUUAUGGCUGGUGAGUGGAUUUUUGUACUGUAGUUCAGAUGAAGAUAUUUUGGAUAUAUUUUUCUGGACAUGUGUUGUCUUUGUGGAAGAGAGAGUUACUGUGAUGUUUUUCUGUGAAACGUAGAGUCAGAGACCCUGGGUACAAGGUCUGGUUCCUGUGUGUCUGUAAGCCUCUCUCUUUUCUGGGAUGUGGUAUCGGUGCUGUGCAUCUAGGGCAGGGAAUGUCCUGGAAGAAAGGCAAGUCUGACUUUUUUUGUGCGCCUUAAACAAUUCUUAUACCUUCCUUCGAAAAGCAUGUUAAUGAUGUUGGAGGAAGACUUCUGACAAUUCAUUCUCUUUGUUUUUACCCCAGGAAAUAAAAUGUUACUUCAUUGAAGCAA